AUGGAUAUAAGCGUGGUCAAACAAACAGGAAGGAAAGCCCUGGUCAUAGGCAUCUCUGCUUUCUUUGUGCCUCUGAUACUCAACAUGGGGUUUGCUUUCGUUCUUCAACGAACGGUCACGAUGGAACCAGAGUUACACAAGUCCAUAAUCAUCAUAGCUGCGUUUCAAUGCAUGAGCUCCUUCCACGUCAUUGCGUGCCUCUUGGCCGAUUUGAAGCUCCUCAACUCAGAGAUUGGCAGAUUGGCUGUGUCUUCUUCAAUGGUCAGUGGGGUGCUCUCUUUUGCUUUGCUCAGUUUGGCCUUCGCAAUAAGGCAAAGCUCAAUUGGGAGAAAUAACUUUAGCCUACCCUUUAUGGGGAUAAGUAUGUUUUGCAUGUUUAUUCUCACAGUCUACAUUAUGAGGCCUAUCAUGUUAUGGAUGGUUGCACAAACACAUAAAGGAAAACCAUUUAAAGAUAGCUACAUUUGCUACGUCUUUAUAAUGGUUAUGUCUUGUUCUCUCAUUGGAGAGGUUAUGGGCCUGCAUUUCAUGCUGGGCCCAAUGAUUUUGGGCCUGGCAGUACCAGAAGGCCCACCUUUGGGAUCAGCUUUGGUGGAGAAACUUGACUCAUAUAUCUCCUUGAUUCUAUUGCCGAGCUACUUUGUGUUCAGUGCUGCAAGGAUCAAUUUAUCUUUGAUAAAGAUGAAGACUGUUUGGGUUGUGGAGCUCUUGACUGUGAGUAGCUUUUGUGGUAAGCUCAUAGGAACUGUGGUGCCUUCACUCUAUUGCAAAAUGCCUGCUGUUGAUGCAUUCUCAUUAGGCUUCAUCAUGAGUGCUCAAGGCAUCAUUGACGUUAUAACUUUGCAACAUGGAUUGCUCCUCAAAUUGAUUGACGAAGAAUCCUUUAGUAUCAUGGCUCUAUCAGCACUUGUCUCAACUGCAAUCAUAACCCCGGUGGUGAAAUGCCUAUACGAUCCAUCCAAGAGAUACAUGUCCACCACGCGAAGGAGGACAAUUGAACAUGCCUUGCCCAACGCCGAGCUUCGAAUGCUGGCCUGCAUAUACCAAGAAGACAGCACCCCUCCCAUCAUCAACCUUCUUGAGGUCUCAAAUCCAACCCCCAAAACCCCCAUUUGCUUUUAUGUGGUUCACCUCAUCAGACUCUCUGGCAGAACUGCCCCAGUCCUCAUCACACAUAAGCCAGGGAAAAGGAGUGCCAGAACUUUUGAGUCCCAGGACUCGGAUCGUAUAAUGAAUGCCUUCAGAUUAUAUGAGGAACAUAGCUCUGGUGGUCUCAUAAUGAAUGCCUUCACAGCCAUUUCUCCCUAUGCCACAAUGCAUGAUGAUGUUUGCACCUUGGCAUUGGAGAAGAGGACUUCCAUGGUCCUAAUCCCAUUCCACAAGCAAUUCAACGAGCUAAGUGGCGCAGGGGUAUUGGACAAUAAUCCUAUUAGGUCUGUGAAUCGAAACAUUCUUCAAAAUUCCCCAUGCUCGGUUGGGAUUCUUCUCGAUCGUGGUACCUUGAACACCAACGUUACUCUUUCAUGCAAAACUUCCUACAAUUUCGGGAUGAUCUUUGUAGAAGGACCUGACGACCGUGAGGCAUUGGCAUAUGCUAUGCGCAUGGCAGAGCACCCUAAUGUCAGCCUCACGGUCGUUAGAUUGGUAGACCAUAAUAUGAAACACAGUGUGCAUAAAGAUCUCGAUAUGGUUGUAAUCAGCAAGUGUAAGAUAGCAAUUGCUGGGAGAAAACAACAUGUUUAUAAGGAGGAACAUGUUAAAGAUAGUGUGGAUAUGAUCAAUGUGAUCAGGUCAAAUUCAAUGGAAAAUUUGUAUGACCUAAUUUUGGUUGGGAGACGUCACGAUAGCAAUUCACCGUUGUUCAUGGGACUCACAGAAUGGAAUGAGUUUCCGGAACUCGGGUUCAUCGGAGACAUGCUGGCAUCUUCAGAUUCCAAUUGUGAUGUCUCAGUGUUGGUGGUGCAGCAACAAAUGCUUGGAAGUGAUCGAAUGAAGGUAUCUGACAGCAGCUUUAACUCCAAAGGGAAAGAAGAAUCGUUUUCUAUUGUGGAUAUGCCUCGCGAUGAUAGAGUGCACCCAGUUGCUUAUUAGGGACAUACACGUACAGUAGAGAAGGAAAAGGAAAUUUGCUGUUGCUUUCAUUUUUUGCUUAACUAGGAUAGCUUUGUACAAGAAUUCUGGUUAUAUAGGGUUAUUGAAUAUGAGCUAGCUUAGCCAUAGAGAUCAUGUCUCUUGUAAGUUUUAUUUGCUCUUUUUCUCAAAU